CAAGACCUCUUCAACGGCUGAUUGCAUAAGGGCGAUUCGAAUCGCUCACAAAACGCGUCAGCGAGAUAAAAACGCUUCGACUGCCGCGCAGCCGCUUCAAUUGAUCACGCGUCGUUGUCCAAGUCCAAGCCAAAAGACCAGCUUCGUCAUCGGCCCACACAGUUGAACUUGAAGUUUUUACAACAAGAUAUAAUAAUUUUAAAAACAUAAAAAAACCUGUGUCUAUUUCCAAAACAGAUAUAAUCAAUUAAAGUCGCGUUAAAACAGCAUAAAAAGACAAAAUGCAAAUCAUUCGUUCACCUGUGCUUCUCUUCCUGGGAAUAUGCUUAUUUUUCAUCCUGCCAAAUGCAUCAGCUGGAAAAAUCAAGUUGCUGGCAUUUAAGGGACCUCACGCUGGAUUUGUGGGUCUUAAGGUGCGCACUUCCAAGUUGCUGGGCCUAAAGAGCGGUUUGGUCGGUGGAGCAGCUGGAUUUGGACUCGGAGCAGCUGUGGGCGCUAAGUUGGGCGGAUUAGCAGCAAGCCAUGUUGGUGGAGGUGGUGGCGGCUUCGGAGGUGGCUAUGGAGGAGGCUAUGGCGGAGGAUACGGUGGAGGAUUUGGAGGCGGCCAUGGCGGUGGCUACGGAGGAAGCAGCGGCUACGAACACCACGAAUAUCACCAGGAAAGCCAUUACAGCAGCGGAGGAUCUGGCUAUGGGGGUGGAAAUAUCGGAGGCGGCCCUUGGGGAAAAUAGGUCUUUAAUAAUUUAAUUAGGUAAUAAUCAUUUCCUUGCCAUCAAAAUGAAACAUUAUUGUUAUUUAGUUAUAAUUCAUUUGUCCAUUUAACUAAGUAAAGAAAUAUUCAAAUUUUACUUGUAAACCAUUCACAAUUGAUGCU